GUUUACUGUCCGGACGACGUUGGUGUUAUAGAUGGCUUCAGUCUAUAUAAGGGCGCCGCCUCUUUGCAUGUUGUGCCCCGCAGUCCUGUCCUGUCAACUUGGUCAUCAUCCUCUUUUCCCUGUAUUUUGUCUUUCACUGUCAGUGUGUGUAACCGGGGGAUUCGCACCUGACUACUUGGCUUGGUUUUACUCAGCUGAGAGACGACAGCCUGCCAUUCCUUUUUGAUUCAUUCAUCAUGUCUUCACUGCCUGUCCAGCGACCGGGCAUUGGGCCCCGGCAGGUGUCCAGCAGCAGCUUCGCUGACGCCUUCGAUGCCGCCCGCAGCAGGCUGGAGGCACUUGGCGUAGAGGAACCGGGCGAGGAUGAGGUGCCCUCGCCCGCCCUGUCGUCGUCCAGCUCGACCACGGACGAAGUCCCUUCUCCUGCCUUGUCGUCGUCCAGCUCGGCAACGGACGAGGAACCUUUCUCACCGUCGGAGGGCGAGACUCCCCUGAGCCCUGUCACCCCAAUCACCGGCCCCGGUACCUCGGCUAUGGACCCGAGCGUGGUUGACAGCUUUGCGUUUGCUUUUGACAUUGAUGGGGUGCUCAUCCGUGGAGGAAAGCCGAUUCCAGAGGCUGUGGAGGCCAUGAAGGUGCUGAAUGGCGAGAAUGAAUUUGGCAUCAAAGUACCGUACAUCUUCCUGACCAACGGCGGCGGCAAGUUUGAGACGGAGCGCUGCCGCGAUCUGUCGCAGCAACUCGAGAUCGAAGUAUCCCCCGGCCAGUUCAUCUGCGGCCACACGCCCAUGCGGGAAUUUGCCGAUCGGUACGGGACGAUCCUUGUCGUUGGCGGCGAAGGCGAGAAGUGCCGCGAAGUCGCCGAGAGCUACGGUUUCCGGGACGUCAUCACGCCCGGCGACAUCCUCAAGGCCAAUGCCGCCACGGCCCCGUUCCGGCGUCUGACUGAGACGGAGCACCGCAACUCGCGCGACCUGCUCGCGCGCGGCGGCAAGCUGAGCGACAUCGUCGUCGAGGCCGUCUUUGUCUUUGCCGACAGCCGCGACUGGGCGUCGGACUUGCAAAUCAUCCUCGACAUUGCCCAGAGCAAAGGCGGCCGGCUCGAGACGCGGUCCGAGACCUUUGACGAGGGCCCGCCCAUCUUUUUUAGUCAUAACGACGUGCUGUGGUCUGCCGCACACGAGCACGCCCGGUUGGGUAUGGGCGCGCUCCGCAAGAUUGUUGAGACUGUCUUUGAGGACACCACGGGCGGCCGCAAGCUCAAGACGCAUGCUUUCGGCAAGCCGCAGGUGUCGACGUUUGAGUUUGCCACGCGCCUGCUGCAGCAGUGGCGGGCCAGCCAGCACGGGUUGUCUGAAGCCAAGCCGCCGGCGACGGUGUAUUUUGUUGGUGAUACGCCUGAAUCGGAUAUUCGGGGGACGAAUGCGAUGAAUGAGGUUAGUGAGAAUGAGUGGUAUAGCAUCUUGGUCAAGACGGGGGUGUAUCAGGAGGGGACGGAGCCAAAGUACAAGCCAAGGAAGUUGGUGAAUACGGUGCUGGAUGCGGUCAACCAUGGCAUUCGGAGGGAAAUGGCACGGCGGGGAUCGAGGAAGGCAACUGGGGGCAGGAUGCUGCCGCUUGAUGACCUCGCGCUGAAGGCGGUUGGGGAGGGGCACACGCCGACUUUUGAGGUCGUUGAUCCGUUUGGGGAUAUGUGAGGGGCGCAGAAUGCCCGUUCAGCGGUUGAUUGACGGCGGGACGAGAUUUUGGAUCAGAGAGUGUCCUUUCCUUUUCAUGACGACUUGACGACUUUAGAUACCACAUUUUUUUCGAUUCUCUUUGGCUUCCUCUUCGGGUGUAGAUAUUUUCAGAUCACCACUCGUUUUUCUGUUUGUCCACUGGUCUUACACUUCAUUACUAGGAUAGGAUGUUGGGAGGCACUCAAGGACGCAACGGACAUUGCUGGUCGCAUAGAAGCCAUCACCCGGUUUUGGACCAUCAGCAACGGGGGGAGCCACCCAAAAGAGCGUUCGCUUACUAGAAAAUCACGGGUCACAUAUUGGGCUUUGGGGGAUGAUUGAAUAGACUGGGCUUCCUGGAUCAUCCUACAUGGACUCGGCAUUGCAAUGUCCGGACUCCGGAGUUGUCUGGGUUGUUA